GCAUGCUGGGCGCCCUGCUCCUGCUGCUGGCCCUGCUCCAGGGGACCUCCACCCUGCCCAGCGAGCCGCCAGCACCCCCGUUCCCGGCAGCGCCUGGGCCCUGGCUGCGCCGGCCUCUCUUCAGCCUGGAGCUGUCGGACGCGGAGGACGCCUUCCCGCGUCGCGGGGGGCCGCUCGAGGUACCCGCUGACAGCCGCGUGUUCGUGCAGGCGGCCCUGGCCCGUCCCUCCCCGCGCUGGGGCCUGGCCCUGCAUCGUUGCUCAGUGACACCGUCCUCACGCCCUGCCCUGGGCCCCGCCCUGGCGCUGCUGCGGGGAGGCUGUCCCGCCGAUGCCUCGGUCGUCUUCCCGCCACCACCGCUCCUCGGUGCCGCCCGCCCCGCGCGCUUCAGCUUCCGCCUGCGCCCUGUCUUCAACGCCUCUGUGCAGUUCCUGCACUGCCAGCUGAGCCGCUGCCGACGCCUCCGGGGAGUCCGCCGGCCUGCGCCUCUGACGCCGGCGCAGCCAUCGCCGUGUCUCCCUCAGGAUGAGGCUUGCGUGGGUGCCGGCAGUGGCAGCGGUGAGAGCCCGGGCGCAGACAGCCCCCACCUGCACACACUGACGCAGCCCAUCGUGGUCACCGUGCCGCGGCCGCCUCCACGUCCUCCCAAAGGUGCUCCGGGCAGGGCUGUGAGCUUCGAGCCUGCCAGGCCGGCACCGGCCCCUGCCGCCCUGGAGCCCGCGCCGGUGGUGGCUCUGGUGUUGGCAGCCUUCGUGCUGGGCGCCGCGCUGGCCACAGGGCUUGGCCUCUUCUGCGCACACUCAGCGCCCCCACCUCCCGGCCCAUCCCUGAGAGCGUCGCCCAGCAGCCCCCAGCCCAGGAGGCCCCAGUGAGGCAGGACUGAAUCUGCUGUCCUGAGCCUUGGGCCUGAUGAAACCAUGACCCCUGCACUACUCGCCCUUCUUUCCUCCCACCUGGGCACAAAACAAACCUUUGAACUGA